AUGUUUAAUGAGUACUUUCAUUCUGUCUACACAGGUUACUCUGAAAAACCCUCGCCAUCUCAAUCUGGUUCAUCAUCUCCUUUAUCCUCAUCCAUUGACCUCUCUCUAGAAGAAGUAUAUCAAGCCUUACUGAACUUAGAUCCUUCUAAAGCUCAUUGUCCUGACGGGUUUCCUUUCCGCAUUUUAAAGGAAUGUUCCCUCCAAUUAGCACCUUCACUUCAUUACUUGUUUUCAAAGUCACUCCGCUUAUCGCAGGUUCCCACCGAAUGGAAAUUAGCUAACAUAAUUCCUCUACUCAAGAAAGGAAACAAAGAUCACGUUGAAAACUACCGUCCCAUCUCUCUGUUGUGUAUCAUAAGCAAGACUCUUGAAC